AUGACUAUCCCGCUUCAUUCACAAAAUGCUAGAUUACAAGCUCAGGUAUCAAAUUUGUUUAUUCUCAGUUUAGCAAUUGCAGAUUUGGCUGUCGGUUUGUUAGUGAUGCCAUUGAGUAGCGUAACCAUUGUGGCUGGGCGAUGGCCGUUUAAACAUAAUGUUGUUUGUCUAAUAUGGUUAUCAGCCGAUUAUGUGGCGAGUACUGCCAGUAUAUUUAAUUUAUUUAUCCUCAGUCUCGAUCGUUAUUGGGCUGUCGUACAUCCGUUUAGAUAUUUACGUAAUAGAACUCAUAAACGUGCUACCACAUUUAUUUUAUUAAUAUGGUUGAUCUCCAGUUUAUGGAUACCGGCAAUUAUUUUCUGGCCUAAUUCAGAUCCACUUAUGGAAGAUGAAUGUGAUACAGCGUUUCGUGGAAAUAAAACAUUUAAAACAUUGAGCGCUUUGAUGAAUUUUUACAUUCCACUUUUGGGUAUGAUUAUUAUAUCAUGUCGUAUAAUGCAAGCAAUUCGACUACGAUCUAAAAUGGAAAUUGGCAGACGUUUAUCAGCAGCUACUCAAAAACAAAUGCAAAAUCCACGACCAACAUCGAGAGUAAAUAAAAAGAUCAAACGACUUCAUUUACAACAACAGCAGCGUAUAUCCGAUGAACUAUUAAAUAAACGAUUGAGUACUCUUCAUUCACCCACUGAACUCGAUUCAUUUGAAACAGAGUCGAGUUUACGUGCACCAUUAUCUGACAUCCCUAACAAUCAUAUUGAUCAAUAUUCAUCGUUUAACGAUACUUAUGCAUCAAAUUCGACUUCACCGACAAUAAAUUCAACGUAUUUGAAAAAAAGCUGUUUAUGUUCAACAAAUAUCAACAAUUUAUUUUCUGCUUACGAUGACGAUGAUCAAGAAUCUUUUUCGGUGCAAAAUAUAACAGUCAAUGAUAAAAGAUUAGUAAAAUCAAAAUCUUAUCAUGAUGGAAAUUAUUAUCUAUCGGAAAAUAGUAAUGAGACACUGACAGUACCUGUGUCGAAUUCUUCUCUUAAUGAGAAUAGGAUGAUGCAGCAUCGCUCUUACAAAAAUGUGAGAAAUAAACUACAAAAACAUCGUCAUCAACGAUUUUCGUUAAAUUCAUUAAAACCCAUAUUGUUUCCUAUCAAAAAUAAAAGUCGUCGUCCUAUUGUUGUAGUAGAUAUAAUUAAUCAUCAUCGUAAAAUGACAACAUCGUUAAGCGUAGAACCAUACAUGCAAUAUCAAAAUAGUGUUAACGAUAAACGGCCGCAUAAUUUGUCUGUUACAUCAAGUUUUGACGAUGAACAUGUAAAAACAAUAAUUACUAAUCCACAAAUCACCCUGUAUCAAUCACCAAACAUACUGUUAUCAUCUUCAAAAACUACUGAAUCACAUUCUAUAGAAGAUGAUCAUCUUUCAUCACCAUAUAAUUUAUCUGUAUAUGAUCGCACACCGUCCGUUCAUGAUUUGAAUAAAUCUACGAAAAUUUUAAAUUUAUCCGAACCACCUUUAUUAAGGACCGUUGAAUCUUUGCCAAAAUUACCAGUAUCCAUAAAUACUGAUAGUACUUAUUUAUCACAGCCUCACAUUAGUAUUGGCUGCUGUAAAUUUUUAGUUUUUCUAAAAGAUCCAAGUCGUGCACAUGCUCUACAAAAAGAAUUGAAAGCAGCACGUCAAUUAGGCAUAUUGGUGGGCUUAUUUACUGUUAGUUGGUUACCCUAUUUUAUUUUAUUUAUGGUUGUUGCUUGGUGUAAAACAUGUGUGUCAGAUUCAGUUUUUCUCAGUUCUAUUUGGCUUGGUUAUCUAAACAGUUCGUUAAAUCCACUUAUUUAUCCUCUAUGUAAUGCUCAUUUUCGUCAUGCAUUUAAAAAAAUAUUCUAUUGCGUUGAACGAACAAAAACAAAACUUCCAAAUCUAGCGGCCUUAAAAGAAUUACAUUCUAAUUCAGCACGAAAAGAAAUAGGGAAUCUAUCAUACGUAUCCGAUUUACUAUCACCGAUUAUUGAAGAUGUUUUAUCAAUAUGUGAGAAUAAAGAUGAUUUUGAUAAAUUAAAAUCAGGUUUAAAAUUAAUUGAAAAUGCAAAAUUAUAUGAUUUAAAAAAAGAUUAUUAUCUUGCUAUUCGUUAUUAUCGUGAAGGUAUUGAUUUAAUUAUGGACGAAUUUAUGUCAAGAACAACUGGUAAUGAACAAUCAAAAGAAUAUUUAAGAUUAAAAUGUCAUAAAAUAUUAAAUCGUAUUGAAGAAUUAAAAAAAUUAAUUAAACAUUAUGAAAAAGAUACAUUUAAUCAAGCUAUUGAUGAUGAACAUACAAAUAAUUCUAAUAAUUGA